AUGGGUCUCUGCAGCCAUGCGCUCCGCCCCCUUUCCCUCCCUCCGCGAGCCUGGCGCUCUCUUUACCGCUCUCUCUGCUGUUGGCGGGGGGGUCGCUGUUGCAGCGCUAUGGCCUCUCCCGCUCGCCCUGCUCCGGCGUCGCCUCAGCCCGUCACUCACCUCAUCUUUGACAUGGACGGUCUCCUCCUGGAUACUGAACGCCUUUAUACUAUUGUAUUCCAAGAAAUCUGCAACCGCUUUGGAAAAACCUAUACCUAUGUAAAAUCCUUAGCAAUGGGUAAAAAGACACUGGAGGGAUUAACGAUCAUGCGAGAUGCCCUGGACCUUCCGAUAACCAUAGAAGAACUACUGCAUGAAAGUAAAACGAAGCAAGAAAAAGUGUUCCCCACAGCUGCAUUGAUGCCAGGUGUUGAAAAACUAAUCCGCCAUCUACAUCAACACAACAUACCCAUAGCUGUUGCCACCAGCUCAUCUCGGGUGACAUUUGAAAUGAAAACAAGUCGACACAAAGACUUCUUUAAUUUAUUUCAUCAUAUUGUGUUGGGAGAUGACCCUGAAGUGAAGGCUGGCAAGCCACAGCCUGAUGUGUUUUUAGUCUGUGCAAAGAGAUUUAACCCUCCUCCGCCUCCAGAAAAGUGUCUUGUAUUUGAAGAUGCCCCCAAUGGAGUCAAGGCAUCACUGACAGCAGGAAUGCAAGUGGUGAUGAUUCCAGAUGAAAACCUGAACAAAGAUCUUACAAAAGAAGCAACUCUAGUACUCAAGUCGAUGGCUGAUUUCAAACCAGAAUUGUUCGGUUUACCACCAUUUGAUUGAGAAUAGUUUAAUUUUUAAAACAUUUUAAUUUAGCCAUAUUGAUUUCAGG